GUGUUAAACGGCAUGAUACGUACGGAAGAUUUACGCGAUAAAAGUGUGUGUUUAUAAAAUUGUUAAAUUUGGUUUUUAUCAAUGAAAAUGUGACCGCACGUUCGAUGUUUAUCGUUUACUGGCAGUUACUUAUACGCUGUUUCCUGUUAAAGAAGAACAUGAUGUGAAGUAGAGUCAUGACAAUUCUACUUUAUGACUACCGGGAGUUGGAGGAGCGUGCUGCCCGACAUCUUAGAGUUUGGAAAGUAUGGCACCUGAUACUCUUCUCAUUUGCUGCCAUAUUAGGCGUAGCAAACUACGUCUUACUACAUAAUGCCAUGCAGUUAGUAGACGACAACUGCGUGCUAUUUCCACGGGUGCUGGAGUUCCACAUGGUGGAACAAACCAACGAGAACAUAACUUUCAUGCUGGAUUAUAUGAAACCAUUGGAAGAUACACCAAAAGAAAAUUCUAUAAAUAAUGAUAUUACGCCAAACGAAACGAUUGCUCAAGAAUCCGUCCCCGAGAACAACAUGACGACAGAGAAAACGGUAUCGAAACGGGAAGUAACCAUUGAUAAUGGAACAAUGGACGAUUUUGAAACUACAGUGGAAAUUCAAAACGUGACUAUCGUUACAGGGAACAAGACUCAUCGUCUAGUGCUGGACACCAGUAGGACCCUGUUCGCAUUGGAGAGCGAGUGCGAGUUCGCUGAGUACAUGCCGAUCAUGGCCACCAUGUGUGCCCUGGUCUGGAUCACGCUGUUCGCCAUGUGCCCAGGGGGCGGCCGACCCAGGUCUGGGCUCAAGCAGCCGUGGAGGAUAUUAACGCCGGCGUUGCUUUUUGCUCUGGUCCUGGUGGCACUUACUGGCCGUAGUUUCGCCCGCACGAACAGCGGGCUGCAAGAGUUCUGCGCUGCCUUCGCGAACAUCACCAAUUCGACCACUUGCUCGUCAGUGGAGCCAUAUCUAUACCGGAAUUGGAACACGACGUGGGGUAUGGGCGCACGGGCAGCAAGCGCGCGCGCGGCGAGCGCUGCGGUGUGGGCCGCGUGGACGUGCGUCGCCGCGUUACUGCUCGCCCGGUGCCUGGCUGCACCGGACUUCAUGGUCAAGAAGACCGGUGUCUACCUCAUUAAGGACCCUCAAGGCAAAAUCACACCACACCUAAGAAAGUCUGGUAGACGUUCAGGGCGAUCACCACUUGCGUCUCCGACACGCCAAGACGCCACCUCCGUGCGAUCGGAACCCACAUGCACCACGGAGCUGCCCACGGCUUCUGCAGACCCGGAGCUGGACUCCGUUCCGACGUCCCUUAUGGCCACCCCGAUAAGGAAAACCGAAGAUGCCGACCUCAUAGAAAUGACCUAUACACCUCAGACGACACAGCUCAGCAAUUGAUAUCAGUGCAAUAAGCUUGUAGAAUCUGAUCCUUUAUCUGGUAAAUAGCUUGGUAUUAUGCAAUGUUCUGAAAGACGCUUGAUAUACAAGAUCAGCUUUCGCAUUUGAUUGAUUUCGAUUAACGAGAGCAUUGCGAUUUAUUUGUUCUGCCUCUGUGGCGCAUUGUUUGUUAAUAUUUACCAUACGUAGCGAAAUUCUGUCUGGUUUUUACAUUAUAAUUAACCACUUCGAUAUCCAGAAAUAAAAAAGGAAGUUGACAUUAAAGAUAUUAAUUAAAAU